UCCAGGAUGUCGACCAUCACUCCACAGUCCAACCAGAAGAACAGGCAUCCGGGUCCCUUUAACUAUGGUGGGGGGAAGGGAGGGUGUGAGCAAGUCGGCCUCACGUCCAGUUAGAAUCAUCAGGGCGCACCCGUCUGGGGUUCUCCCCCCCCACACCCUCCCAUGGAGUUGUACGCACCUCUUCCUGCCCGCGGCCCGCCCUUUCCGGUCCCCCAUCCCAUGGUGAAUCGGAAAUUGGAAGAAGAGCCGGAAGUUGGGAGAAGAGUCGAAUGACCACGGAUGUGUUCAGAGAAGCGGAAGUAGUCAUAUUUUGCGCAGCCGUAAAGUGCGGUUGGCUGGAUCACUUUCCGGUUGACUGGAUCACUUUCCGGUUGACGACAACGGCCCGACCGGACCAUCGGUGCCGGCCUGCCUUGAACGCGGAUCUCUGUGGGACCCUUGCCGAUUCAAGUUUCCUGUCUAUCCUUCCCUGUCGGCAUCCCCUUCACCCAAGAUCAUGUUCAAGAAAUUUGAUGAAAAGGAAGAUGUGUCCAACUGCAUCCAGUUGAAAACUUCCGUUAUUAAGGGCAUUAAGAACCAACUGAUAGAGCAGUUUCCAGGUAUUGAGCCGUGGCUUAAUCAAAUCAUGCCUAAGAAAGAUCCUGUCAAAAUAGUCCGAUGCCAUGAACAUAUGGAAAUCCUUACGGUAAAUGGAGAAUUGCUGUUUUUCAGACAAAGAAAGGGACCUUUUUAUCCAACACUGAGAUUACUUCACAAAUACCCUUUUAUCCUGCCACACCAGCAGGUUGAUAAAGGAGCCAUCAAAUUUGUGCUCAGUGGUGCAAAUAUCAUGUGUCCGGGUUUAACUUCUUCUGGAGCAAAGCUUUACCCUGCUGCAGUAGAUACCAUUGUGGCAGUCAUGGCAGAAGGAAAACAGCAUGCCCUGUGUGUCGGAGUCAUGAAGAUGGCUGCAGAAGACAUUGAGAAAGUCAACAAAGGAAUCGGCAUUGAGAAUAUCCACUAUUUAAAUGAUGGGCUGUGGCACAUGAAGACAUAUAAGUGAGCCUUAGAAGGAAUGCAUUGGCUAAAUAUGGAUAUUGUGUUGUGUAUGUGUUUGUGUCUAUGUGUGGCAGCAUGAAGACAAUGCUUCUGUGGUUAUGCUGAAUAAAUUCAACAGAUGCCUUUAAAAAAAAAAAACAGGGUGCCGUUACCACGGGAGAAUAGAAAUUGGGGGACAAGCAGCCUUUUACUGGGCUCUGGAAUCUAACAGGAGUGGCUGUACUCUGUGACCCUGGGCAACCUCCAUCACUUCUCUGGGUUUGCUUAUUAGGAAGCUUGGAAGCAUCGAGAAUGGGUCUGACAUCAGGAUAUCUACCAGAGGGUUCCCCACAAGAUCAGCCUCAGGGGCUUCCUCCUGCUUUUUCUCUAGGCCUUCAUCUCUUAAGCUUCUUCCUCCUCUGCUAGUGAAUAAGAAUUGCCAGCAACUCUCUUUGAUUCCUUUGGUGGCAAAAUAGAAAUAUUCUAGAAUGAACUAGAACCUUGCUAAAGACCUGAGCUCAGUGGAAGCUGGCAUGGAUUGAGCAUCCUCUGUGUGCCAGGCAUUGUGCUGAGGGCAUUAUAAGGACCAUCUCAUUUACUCCCCAAGCAGCCUUAUGAGGGAGGUGCUGUUGCCAUUUUUACAAAUGAGGAAACUAAAACUCAGAGAGGGAACUGUCUCCUCCAGGGUCACCCAGCUAUAAGUGGCAGAACUUACGCUUCUAAUACCAAGGACCACCUCCCACUGACCCUGCUUUCUCUCUGGGCCUCUGUUCCCUCUGUUCUCUCUUCUAGAAAAUUAGGGGGGGUUGGGGUAGCUCCAGUGAGCUCUACCCAUCCUAAUAUCCCCACCAGACUAGGCCUGUGGACCUCUGACCAUGCCCAUAGCCAUGCCCUCCUCCAUCCAGGGGCUAAGAGGUGGGAGGGGCAGCCCCACCCUGAGGAGUGGACUUACCUGGCCUCUCU